AUGGCACAAUCCACACCUCGGUUUACAGAAAACCCACAGACAGGUGCAGUUACCUACACAGCUCCAGCUUCCACCCCUCUCAUACUAAACAGGGCAUCAUCUAUAGCCAAGCCACUAGGUACCAUUGCAUAUGCUCUGACCGUAAUCCCCAUCUAAAUGUACUCUCCCAAUCUAUGAGACAGAAAGGCUACAAACCAAAGACUAUUACCAAACAAAUCAACUCUGCUGUAAAAACACUACUUGUGGCCACCUACAACCCAGCUCUUGAGGAAAUACGGAAAAUCAUCAAAGACCUACAACCAAUAUUAACAGAAGAGGAGACUCUGAAAAACAUCUUCCCUGAAACACCCAUGUUGGCCUUCAGACAACCACCAAACCUCCAACAAAAAUGA